AUGAAGAUGGAAUGCAAAUUCCUAUCGAAUCCGGAAUUGGAUAAACCAAUGGGUGUUCUCAAUCGUUGCAUGUCAAACGAGCUCAACGAGGAGCCGAAGCAAAUUGUCAAAAAACCUGCAGAGCUCAAGGUGACGUGUUUGUUUGGAGUGAUGAAUGGCACCGGUGUCAGUGAUCGCAUUGCAUCCGGACGUUUUGGAACAAUGUACAUUGGUACCAUCAUGGAUACUACGUUGCAGGUUGCAAUCAAAGAGUAUCACCCGACAUUUAACGACCUGAUGCUCACUGCUAAAAAUGAAGGCUCUGAUCUUCAAAAACUCAUAAACAUCAAGCAUCCAUGUCUUUUGCAGUCUUACACGGUUGACAAAUUCCGCGACAUUGUCUACAGAGUCAUGGAGUUGUGUCCAACAACGGUGCAUGCGGAUCUCUUGACCGCUGGAAAGUACAAUGAGGACCGUAUCAAGGUUGUGUUGGUUCAAGUGACCAGAGCUCUUGAGUACUUGCAUGCUCAGGGAAUUUAUCAUGGAACUCUCCACACCAAGAACAUCUUCAUCAAAGAUAAUAUGGUAAAGGUCUCUGACAUUGAGAGCAACCGUCUCCUCAAGUGGGUACCAUAUGCAAGAACUCCAUUGUUCAUCUUACCAUUCAUCGCCCCAGAAUUGCAUGGCAAACUCAACAAACUUACUCCAGAAUGUGAUUUAUGGAGCUUGGGAAUUUGCCUCUUCGUCAUGGCAACCGGGUUUUCUCCGUUCAGAGCGGACACACGCGGUGUUUUGGUGAAGAAUAUCCAAAACGGAGUCAUUCGUGCACCGGUUUUGUCUUCUCUCAAAAUUCGGGACCUUUUCAAAGGAAUGAUUCGCGUCAACGCAUCUGAGCGUACUUCGUUGAAUGAGCUCAUCAAAGACAAGUGGAUUUCUUCAGAUAACGUUUGGGACUCUUUGAUUCCAUUCCACAAAGAUCUCAUGGAAGAGCUGAAGAAACCAACAAUCCAUCGUCCACUAGCCAAAGGCAUCUCAAAAGUUUCUCUCCAAUCCAAUGAUGAGGGAUACAACAGUGUUGUCACCGAUCAACCAGGUAAACCAGGAAAGGACGGUGGAGAGCCAGAUGAGUCACCUGCAGUCGCUGAGGAAGAAAUUCCAAAAAGAUAUUACAAGAACUUUGCAGUGUUUGCGAUGGAGAAUAAUCGCGAGGAAUGGGACCCAAACCUUCUCCGCCUUGAGAGAUGCAAGCUGAGCAACGGAAGCAACUGCUUGAAAAUUGUGAUCCCAGCUAUUGACGAUCCGACUCCAUCGCUCAUGAGCCGCAUACAAGAGCAAAUCCGUCAAAGAUUUAGACGUCUGAGACCAAGCCAAGAGAACAAUGUUUCCGAUGCGGACUAUGGAGACUACGCACUUAUGAGCUUCCGUCGAAACCGAACCACUAUGGAAUCUAUGAAAAAUGCCCCGAAAUUUGCCAAUGCUCGUCAAGCUCAAUUCUACUACUGCAAGCAAGAGGCCGAUCGUGUUUGGGCUAGUCUUGACAUGUCCGUCUGCAUGCGUUGCCGCAGACUUGGAACCGAUUCCAUUGAGCAUGAGGAGGAGAGAUGCCUUUACAAGAUGUUCGCUGAUGCUGUCGAUACCAACGAAGUUAUUUUCUGUGGACGUGAAGACCAAUACAACGUUCGUUACUUCACCCUUGUCUACCGCAACGAUGGUGGACGUCUUGGAUCGCUUGCUCGUUUCCGCAGAGGAUCAAUGAAAGUUCUUUCAUCUGGAUACCAACGAUUUCUCAACAAGAUCCGUCGUCAACCAGCCGAAAAUUAA